AGUGAUGGGGUCAUAUCAUCGAAUGGGUGCCGGCGGACGAGGACCGGAUAUGGCGGCGGUGCCGGUAUCGCUGGACGCUCUCGCCUCCGGCGACUGCGCCAAGCUCGGCAGUGGGGUCUGUUUGAUGAACCCAACCUGGAGAGACGAGCAGCAUCCCUCCUUCAUCCGUUUCAUUGCUUCAUUCCUAAGUGCAAACUCAUACCGUCUUAAUUUCCUACCGAUAUCCCCUGACUUCAUAUUCAACAAUGGCGGAUUGUCAGUAGCAUUCAUUUUCGAAACAACUUGGGAUCCUGAUAAGGCUUCCGUCGUCUUUUCCAGAGUUGAAAGGCUGAAGGCUCAAUUCAGGCUUUUAUAUGUAGUCAUUGGUGUCCCAACGAGAGAGCAAAAUGAUUCUUUUAAUCAUUUAUACUUCAAGUAUGGCGUAGAACUUGGUAGACCGACCUUUGUGCCGGUUCGCGAUCCAGAGAUGGGGUUUGAGAAGAUUGUGAAGAUAGCACAUGCUCGUGGAGUAUGUAAACGACAAGACGCGGUUGGUACGAUGAGGAGCGAGCGUGAGAGAGCUGUGCAAGGAAUGGAUAUGUUCCUUAGAGUGGUCACCUCCAUCCCUGGCAUCGACAAUCAUGAUGCAAAUGCGUCACUCUUUGGCUUGUUUAGCUCGUGCAAUCUAUCGGCUCUAUCGAAGCAAUAUCCAAAGCAUCCAAGAGCUUUAUUUUGGAGACAACUGACCUUUCGGUCGAGAAAGCAGAAAGAAUCGUUAGGUUUUUCAGAGAUCCAAAGAACUAUCUCAGUCCAAAACUCGACUAAGUUGCAAAGGACUUCUUCGUAGGCCACGCAUGCACUAUCAGGAUGGGAUGGCGAAGACCUCGACGGCCCACCAAACGUGCAACCAUGACGACUUCGCUGGCGAUAGACAAAGUGCAGUCGUACCCAUUAACACACACAUUACAGGCAGCCGUCUGUCUGUGAUGCAAAAAGUAAAUAUGACUGGCUUUAAGGCGCCACCUGUAUGCAUGCAUCAUUAAGACGAAGAGGUAAUAUAUAUAGUCUGUAUGUAUCAUCAUCCAUCGGCCACCAUUUAACAAAAAAGAAAGAAAGAGAAGGCUCACGCGCCCGUGCCAUAAAUUUGCCCGACACCACCACAAGCCCAGAUUGCAGCCGAAAAAAGAUGUGGCGUACGGUGGCCAACGCGACAUCCCCGCGCACGUGAGGUCCCCGGUCCCCGCGUGCGCAUGUGAACCGUCCGUCCACCUGUCACGGCGCCUGCACCACGUGAAUGUACCCGCGCACCGCUCCGUCGGGCUCCCCGUUCACGUUUCUUUCUCUCUUUUAUGGUGAAAUAACGCAGAAGAUGCUCUCCUGGUCUUUCUGUCUGUCUGCAACAUCACACAUUUCAUCGAAGAUCGAAAAGAAACGAGGAAGCAAGAAAUCGAAGAG